AUGGUACUACACUUCGGAUUUCCUUUACAGAGGAAAGGACCACUUACAUGGGUAGGCACCCAUCAAUCUCGGACCCAUAAUACCUCACUUUGGAUUCGUAGCCACCGGCCGGAGCGCCGCACCCCACAGCUGCUGGAGACCUUCGACCUUCAAUCCCACAGCUGCUGGAGACCUUCGAACUUCAACCCCACAGCUACAGUUGUCCCACACUCAAUGGGGAGAGGAAAACCCCUUCUUGUAAGCUCUGUAACAGAGCUGAAGAAAAAAGAAAAGAAAGAGAAGAAAGCAAAAUCAGGCGGAUUCGAAUCCUUAAACCUAAGCUCCAAUGUCUUCAGAGGCGUUAAACGCAAGGGAUACCGAAUUCCCACACCAAUACAACGCAAAACAAUGCCACUCAUUCUCUCUGGAGCCGAUGUUGUUGCCAUGGCAAGAACAGGGUCCGGUAAAACAGCAGCUUUUUUAGUCCCCAUGCUCGAGAGACUGCAGCAACAUGUCUCUCAGUCUGGUAUUAGAGCCCUAAUUUUAUCACCCACACGCGACCUUGCUCUUCAAACACUUAAGUUCACUCAAGAACUUGGCAAAUUCACAGACCUUCAUGUUAGCUUACUAGUUGGUGGUGAUAGUAUGGAAAGUCAAUUUGAAGAAUUAGCACAAAGCCCUGAUAUCAUAAUAGCAACUCCUGGAAGACUCAUGCAUCAUUUAGAAGAAGUGGAUGACAUGUCAUUAAGGUCAGUUGAAUAUGUAGUGUUUGAUGAAGCCGAUAGUCUUUUCAGCAUGGGGUUUGCUGAACAGUUGCACAGAAUCCUUCAACAGCUAGGUGACAAUAGACAGACUUUACUCUUCAGUGCAACUUUACCAAGUGCUCUAGCUGAGUUUGCAAAAGCAGGGCUGAGGGACCCACAACUUGUUAGGCUCGAUUUGGAGACUAAAAUCAGUCCUGAUUUGAAACUUACUUUCUUUUCAUUAAGACAAGAAGAAAAGCUAGCUGCUUUGUUGUAUUUGAUUAGAGAACACGUAAGAUCAGAUGAACAAUCUUUAAUAUUUGUGUCUACAAAGCAUCAUGUCCAGUUUCUUGAUCAUUUGUUAAGAGAAGAAGGUAUAGAACCUUCUGUUUGUUAUGGUGACAUGGAUCAAGAUGAUAGAAAGAUUAACGUUGCAAGAUUUCGAUCAAGAAAAACCAUGUUUCUUAUAGUGACAGAUGUUGCUGCUAGAGGGAUUGAUAUCCCACUUCUUGACAAUGUUAUAAACUGGGAUUUCCCUCCAAAACCGAAGCUUUUUGUGCACCGGGUGGGUCGAGCUGCACGGGCGGGUCGAACGGGUACUGCUUUUUCCUUUGUGACUUCUGAAGACAUGGCUUAUCUUCUUGAUUUGCAUCUUUUUCUUUCAAAACCAAUCAAACCUGCACCUACUGAAGAAGAGGUUUUGAGAGACAUGAAAGGGGUUAUGGAAAGAAUUGAAGAGGCAAUGUUGAAUGGUGAAACGGUUUUUGGGAGGUUUCCACAAACAGCUAUUGAUCUUGUUGCAGAUAGGGUUCGAGAGAUUCUUGAUUCAUCUACUGAAUUGGAUUGUUUGUUGAGGCCUUGUGAAAGGGCUUUUAGGUUGUAUAUGAAAACUAAAGAGAAGCCUUCUAGAGAGAGUAUCAAAAGAGCUAAGAAUAUGCCACGUGAAGGCUUGCAUCCCAUGUUUAUUAAACAGUUGGGUGGGAAUGAGUUAUCUGCAUUAGCAUUUUCUGAGAGCCUAAAAGCAUACAGAGCAAAGCAAACUGUCUUGGAAUCUGAAGGUCAUGCUGCCAAAGCAAAGCAUCUGCAGGGACCUUCUAGCCAGUGGGUAGAUGUAAUGAAGAUGAAAAGAGCUAUUCAUGAGAAGAUCAUUAAUAAAGUAAAUCAGCAGCACUCUAACACUCAAGCAGCAAAGGAAGUUGAAGAUAUAGAUAAUGCAUCACUAAAGAAGGGAAAGAAAGUUUCUGGUAGUAAAAGGAAGGCACAAAGCUUCAAGGAUGAGGAGUUUUUUAUAAGUUCAGUGCCAACAAAUCAACAUUUUGAGGCAGGUCUCUCAGUCAGAAAUAACGGAGGCUUUGUUUCCAACAGGUUGGAGUCUGCUGUUCUUGACUUAGCUGCAGAUGAUAGCAGCGGAUUACAAAAACAGAAAUCCUCGUUCCAUUGGGAUAAGAGGAGUAAAAAGUAUGUCAAGUUGAACAAUGGUGAUCGUGUGUCAGCUAGUGGGAAGAUAAUAACAGAGAGUGGUAAAAAAGGGAAGGCGAAUAAAACAGGAAUAUAUAAAAGAUGGAAAGAAAAGUCACACAGUAAGAUAUCUUUUCAAGGAUCAAACAAUGAAGGUAGUAGUAGUAGUAGUGCUAUGGAAUCUACAAGUCUCAAAGGAGGUGGAAUGCAAAGGGGACGUAAUAACAGAGGAUUUAAAGGUCGUAUGGUUCCUAAUGCUCAUGUGAGGUCAGAAGUUAAAAAUCUUGAACAGGUUAGGAAAGAUAGGCAAACAAAAGCAACUAAAGCUGCUUUUAUGAAGAGUAAUCCCAAAAAAGCAAUAUCGUUCACUGAGUCAACCACUGCAAAAAUCUUAGCUUUGUCGCUAGAGGAAAGUAAUCAUGAGUUGCUUCAGCUGUUGCGGAGAAGAUGACAUGCAUAAGUCUUACGACAAUGGACCUUACAUGGCAAAUAACGCAGCAGGAAACAAUGGAGGCUAUCGCACGACUGAAGCCGCACCAAAGGACACACAAGCUGUAGCCAUUCAGCCCAUUGCUGUUCCUACUGUCCAGGUGGACGAAUUGAAGGAAAUUACUGAUAAUUUUGGUACAAAGUCAUUAAUUGGUGAGGGAUCAUAUGGAAGAGUCUACCAUGGUGUUUUAAGAAGCGGACAAGCUGCAGCUAUUAAAAAGUUAGACUCUAGUAAGCAACCAGAUCAGGAGUUUUUAGCUCAGGUUUCUAUGGUAUCAAGGCUUAAGCAUGAUCAUGUUGUUGAGCUACUUGGAUACUGUGUAGAUGGUGGUUUGAGAGUUCUUGCUUAUGAGUAUGCUUCAAAUGGAUCUCUUCAUGAUAUUCUUCAUGGAAGGAAAGGUGUAAAAGGUGCACAACCAGGUCCGGUAUUAUCAUGGUCUCAGAGAGUUAAAAUUGCAGUUGGGGCUGCAAAAGGACUCGAAUACUUACAUGAAAAAGCACAACCUCAUAUUAUUCAUCGUGAUAUAAAGUCAAGUAAUGUGCUUCUUUUUGAUGAAGAUGUUGCAAAGAUUGCAGAUUUUGACUUGUCAAACCAAGCUCCUGACAUGGCAGCAAGACUUCAUUCCACCCGUGUUCUUGGAACGUUUGGCUAUCAUGCACCUGAGUAUGCCAUGACUGGACAGCUCAGCUCAAAGAGUGAUGUCUACAGCUUUGGAGUUGUUCUUUUGGAACUCUUGACCGGCCGAAAACCCGUUGACCAUACUUUGCCACGUGGUCAACAGAGUCUAGUCACUUGGGCAACACCAAAACUUAGUGAAGAUAAGGUGAAACAGUGUGUUGACACUAGACUGAAUGGAGAAUACCCCCCAAAGGCAGUUGCCAAGAUGGCAGCAGUUGCAGCCUUGUGUGUGCAAUAUGAAGCUGAUUUUAGGCCAAAUAUGAGCAUUGUUGUUAAAGCACUGCAGCCAUUGUUGAAUGCUCGACAUGGACCUCAAACAGAAGCACCACACUUGUGAAUUCAUCUCUCUAUUUAUGUUGAAUAUUAUAUAUGUUUAUUGUUUUUGAACAACAGGCCACCUAAACGUAGCAUAUAUAUUUAUGUAUGAUUUGUAGAAUCAUUCUUUUGUUUGAUGUUUACCAGCAAGGUUUUAAAUUUCUUAAUCUUUACAAAUGUGUAAGGUUUCUUGGAAACUUUCAAGGAUUGUUUGUAAUGCAAUUGUCUCGGGUUAAGAUUAUAUUGAGAUG